AUGCCUGGCGCUUCCGCCGCACCACCGCCUGUGCCGAAUCUGGCAAAACCCAUUGCUGUUCCUGUCGAGUCUUCCGUCUGGGACCGCCUCACCAAUUGGGCUUCCGAAAACAAGGCAUUAGUUUACACAAUUGCUGGAGUUGCCGUUGUUGUGACAGGAGCCGGUGUUGUAUACUAUCUUAAUGGCGACAGCUCCAAGGGACCAACGCAGCCCAAAUUGAGCAAGAAAGAGCGGAGAAAAAAGAAGGAGGCCGAUCGCCAGGCUGAGGCCAGCCCAAAGUCUGCCACGCCUACCCCCGAACAGCCCAAGCCCGCCACCGUGGAGAGCGCUGACGAGCUUCCCGAUGUCAACGAGGAUUCAGUUGCUGCUCUCACAGCCCAGCAAAGACAUCAGUUGGCUCAGCAAUUGAAGGCCGCUGGUAAUAAGGCUUAUGGCAGUAAGGAUUAUAACAAGGCCAUCGACCUAUACUCGAAAGCUAUUUUAUGCAAGCCAGACCCCAUAUUCUUCUCUAACAGAGCUGCCUGUUACAACGCACUCAGUGAGUGGGAGAAGGUUGCUGAAGAUACAACGGCCGCCCUUAACCUCGACCCUCUGUACAUCAAGGCCCUGAAUCGGCGAGCCAAUGCCUACGAGCAUCUUGAAAAGUACAGCGAGUCUCUGUUGGACUUCACCGCCAGCUGUAUUAUCGACGAGUUCCGAAAUGAGAAUACUGCCACAUCAGUUGAGAAGCUACUCAAGAAGGUUGCCGAACAGAAGGCCGAGGCGAUCUUGAAGAGCAAGAACCCCAACAAGCUUCCGAGCCCGACCUUUGUGUCUAAUUACAUUCAGAGUUUCCGUCAAAAGCCCAGGCCUGCUGGUUUAGAGGAUUCCGUGGAGUUGUCUGAUGAUACUGGAAAGGGUCAGCUACAAAUCGGCCUCAGAGCUAUGGAGAAGAAAACGCAUGAUGGUUAUGAAGAAGCAGCUACUGCCUUUGAGAAAUCUCUUGAGCUUGGUGAACUGGGAGAAUUCGAAGCACUUGCCUACAAUAUGCGGGGUACCUUCAGGUGUCUGCGGGGAGCGCAAGAUCAGGCUUUGGACGACUUGAAUAAGAGCAUCGAGAUUGAUCCCUCCAUGACGCAAAGCUACGUAAAACGUGCCAGCAUGCAUCUGGAGACAGGCAAUCGUGACCAGGCUGCUGCGGAUAUCGAAGCUGCUAUCAAACAGAAUGCGGAUGAUCCCGAUAUCUACUACCAUCGUGCCCAACUCCAUUUCAUACAUAGCGAGUGGCAGAACGCUGCAAAGGACUAUCAAAAGUCUAUUGACCUGGACAACACUUUCAUCUUCUCACAUAUCCAACUUGGUGUGACACAGUACAAGAUGGGCUCAGUGGCCUCAAGUAUGGCCACUUUCCGUCGCUGCAUUAAGAAUUUCAGCCGCGUGCCAGAUGUCUAUAACUACUAUGGCGAACUCCUUCUCGACCAGGGCAAAUAUGACGACGCCAUCCAGCAAUUUGAUCUUGCCAUGGACAUGGAGAAGCAGACGAAGCCCAUGUCCAUAAACGUCCUUCCUUUAAUCAACAAGGCUCUCACAUUAUUUCAACAAAAGUCCGAGUUCCCCGAGGCAGAGAAACUCUGUGAAAAGGCCUUAAUUAUUGACCCGGAGUGCGAUAUCGCUGUUGCUACCAUGGCGCAACUUCUCUUGCAGCAAGGCAAGAUCAUGGAAGCGCUCAAGUAUUUCGAGCGAGCUGCGGAGCUGGCCAGAACCCCGGGCGAGAUUGUGAAUGCUCUAUCUUAUGCGGAGGCCACAAGGACCCAAAUUCAGGUACAGGAGAACUAUCCUCAGCUUGCAGCAAAAUUGCAAGGUAUUGGCCAAGGCAUGACCGGCCCUGCUUUCCCUCCUAACGUGUCAGGAUAUUAA